AGAUGAAAAUGUUUGAGUGUUUAUUAUGCCGGCAAAUUUGGAAACUCACACAAAUAUUAAUGCAAAUAGCAACCUUGAAUAUUCUCAAAACUGUUAGACAAUUGAAUGGACACUAAAUGCCUUUCAAUGUAGAAUGUUUCACCUGGAACAUUAAUAUCGUACCUUAAUUAUUUUUUUUGUGAAAAUAAAAAGAAUUGAAAAAUGUUAUGAAAUACUACCAAAUCAAUGUUUAUGAAUAAAUAUGUAUGUAUGUGUAGCAUAUGUUUAUCAUAUCGCUACUCGCUAAGCACGAUAAAUUAAUGACUCGCACACAUAUGGAGACAGAAAGUUAUGAAAAAAAAUUGAGCAACUAACAUCAGUCUUCCUUCAUUCUUCAUAAGAAUCAGAAGUCUUUUCCCGGGUUCUCAUAGAAAUUGCGUAAGUGAUCUGUUAGAGGAUGUUACAAGAAAUAUUCUUCAUUUUCACUGGACUGGGAAUCCUUUUCUAUGUCUACAUGACAUGGAAUUAUGACUACUGGAGAAAGCGAAGGAUCCCCGGUCCUGCACCGAGAUUUCUCCUUGGAAAUCUUCCGAGUAGCAUCACACAGAAGCGUUUUCUUGCUUAUGAAAUUGACGAUAUUUACAGAGAGUACAAGAAUCAAUACGGUUUCAUUGGAAUAUGGAAUACAAAAGCACCAAACAUCCUUGUUUUGGAUCCUGAAUUGGUUAAGGAAGUUCUCAUUAAAAAUUUCCGAUCAUUUGCCGACAAUAGUUUUACUGAUACAGUAGAUAAGGAGAGUGAUCCAAUUUUUGGAAGAAAUCCAUUUAUGCUCAAAGGCAAUGAAUGGAAGGAAAAACGCGCGGAAAUUACGCCAGCUUUCACCACAAACAGAAUCAAAACCAUGUAUCCAGUUGUUGAAGAUGUUUGUGCUACGAUGAAGGACUUUAUUCGCAGGGAAAGUAAGAAAAGUAUCGAUGGAUUCGAUGGAAAAGAAUUAUCAGCAAAAUAUACAACGGAUGUCGUCUCAAAUUGCAUCUUUGGCAUCGAUGCUGGUUCAUUUUCAAACGACAAAUCCGAAAUGAGGGAAAUGGCAAAGGAACUUUUCACUCCAACUUUUAGAGUUAUUGCCUAUUUCAUGUUGCAGACAAUUUUUCCGGCAAUUAAAAAAAUCUACAAAAUGAACUUUGUCCCGAAGAAGGUUGAAAGCUUCUUUGUGGGCCUCAUGAAGGAAGCCAUUGCCUUGAGGCGCAAAACUAACCUUGAUCGUUUCGACUACCUUCACUACUUGCUGGAAUUAAAGGAAAAGAAGAAUCUCGAUGAGUUGGAGCUAGUUGCUCACGCGAUAACCUUCUUCAUUGAUGGCCUAGAAACAUCCAGCAUUGCAUUGUCGUUCACAUUGUUUGAAAUAGCAAGAAAUAAGAAUGUUCAAGAUAAAUUGCGCAAAGAGAUAAAAGAAACUCUUGCGAAACAUGGAAAAAUCAAUCACGAUGUUGUGUCUGAAAUGCCUUAUGUUGAUCAAGUAUUUAUGGAGACCCUUCGAAUGUACCCACCGGCUCCGACACUUGGAAAGAAGGCUACAGAAAAUACAGAACUUAAACUUUCGGAAGGAGAAUUCAGAACAAUUGAUGAGAAAAGUGAAAUUCUCAUUCCUGUCUACAGUCUCCACCGUGAUCCUGAUUACUUCAAUGAUCCCGAUGAAUUUAUUCCCGAGCGGUUUGAUCCCGAAAAUGGGGGCGUUAAGCAUUUCCGCGAUAAGGGUGUCUUUCUACCUUUCGGCGAUGGACCGAGGAUUUGUCUUGGACAAAAAUUCGCUCUGGCUCAAGUUAAAGCUGCAAUUGUAUCAUUGGUGAAUGAUUUUGAGAUCAGCGUCAAUGCAAAAACUAAACAACCAAUGUCACUGGAUCCCAAGCAAUUCCUCUCUUAUCCUUUGGGAGGAAUAUGGCUUGAUUUUAAGGAGCUGUAAAUGUUGUACAGACAUGCCUUGAUUUUUUGGUUUCAAUGAAGAAUUUUCAUUCUCUGUGAAAAAUUAGUAAUAUUUUUUUUCUUUCUUUCAGUUUAUUUAUAAGCAAAAAAAUGGUUCUAAAAAUAAUCACAGACUUUAUUAGAAAUGCAAUAAAAAUUGCGCUGGAGUGCA